AUGGAAGAAAAGGCCGAGCCGCGAGCGCCCAAUUCGCCCAGACCAGAGAAUGGCGAGCAUUCUCCAAGUCCGACUAUCGCACCGUCACUCGCACCCUCACCAUCGCCAGCACCAGAACACAAGCAGCACGUUCUCCUCCGCGCCCUCCUCUACACACCCCCAGCAUGUCGCUACACGCCAGACAACCCGCCCAGAUUCAGCAUCUGGCUCAACGUCCUCUUCGCCUUUGCCGGCACCUUCACCGUUGCAAACCUCUACUACGCGCAGCCGCUGCUCGACAUGUUGGCAGACUACUUCGGCGUCACGCAGGAGCGCGCUUCGCUAAUUCCAACCUGUUCUCAGGCGGGAUAUGCAGCUGGUUUGGUCUUCAUCUGUCCGGCGGGUGAUAUGGUCCGCAGAAGACCGUUUGUCUUGCUUUUGACGCUCAUCACGGCGACCAUGUGGAUUGGAUUGUGUGUCACGGAGACCUUCAGUAUUUUCCUGGCACUGAAUUUUCUUUGUGGAGUUACGACUGUUACGCCCCAAAUCAUGCUCCCCCUAGUCGGCGACCUCGCGCCCCCCACCCGCCGCGCAACAGCGCUCUCCAUCGUCUCCUCAGGACUCGUGCUCGGCCUCCUCUUCGCCCGCCUGCUCUCAGGCAUCAUCGCCGAGAGCUCCUCCUGGCGAAACGUUUACUGGCUCUCGCUAGCCCUACAAUACCUAAUCUUCGCUUUACUCUGGCUCUUCAUGCCGGACUACCCCUCCACAAACACCGACAUCUCCUACUUCCGAAUCCUCGGCUCCAUCGCCGUCCUCUUCACAAAACACCCCGUCCUCGUCCAGGCAACGCUCAUGGGGUUCCUCACAAGCGCAACAUUCACGGGCUUCUGGACGACACUAACAUUCCUCCUCUCAGGAAACCCCUAUAACUACGACACACUCACAAUCGGCCUCUUCUCGAUCGCAGGCUUAACCCCCAUGCUCUUCACCCCGGUCUACUCCCGCCUCGUGAUCGACAAAUACAUCACCCAGCUCUCCGUCACAAUCUCCCUCCUCACCUCAAUAACGGGCAUCGCGAUCGGCGCAUACACAGGGACAUUCACCGUCGCCGGACCAAUCCUGCACGCCGCCCUCCUCGACUUCGGGAACCAGGCGACGGUGAUUGCGAACAAAGCUGCUAUAUACGCCGUUGCGCCGAAGGCGCGGAACCGCGUCAAUACGGGGUAUAUGGUUGGUGCGUUUGUGGGACAGCUUGUGGGCACGGCGGUGGGGAAUCGCGUCUAUGCGAGUCGGGGAUGGGUUCUUGCGCAGACGGUCAAUUUGGUGUUUUCGGCGGCGGCGUUGGGGAUUGGGCUUGCUAGGGGACCAAGGGAGAAGGGGUGGGUUGGGUGGAGGGGGGGUGUGCGGGUGAGGAGGGUGCUUGAGGAAUCGAAUGCAGGAGCUGGAGGGAGAGGACAAGGGGAUGGACAAGGGGAGAAUAGGAAUGCACAGUCUGAGAUGGCUGAGGAGGCGAGGAAUCGACUAUGA